AAAACUAUUGCAAGUUUUACAAACUAGGUGUGCUUGAGGAAGCAGUUAAUAUAGUUUCCAUCUACUGAAGUAUGGCAGUAAAGUCUAGAAUAUUCAUCGGUAUUAUUUUAUGGCUAGUUUCAGCAAACGUUAUAGAUUGCGAAACAGCGUACGGCUGUUAUGGACCACCCGGAUCACCAUGUACCCAGCAUACUUUAAGCUGUGCCGAGGGUCAAGUUCUCGCUUUUUAUAAAAUAUCUUAUGGCAAAAAGAGGGACCAAGCCAGUUGUUCAGCUGUACAAGACGACCAAUGUAGCAGUAGCGCGUGUUGUCAAUAUGAAAACUCUAUUAAAGAUAUGGAGCCAUUUGUAGAUGCGAGUCUAGAGGAUCGUAAGAUGGUUAAUGGGAAAUGUGCUAAUCAACAAUCGUGUGUCUUUUCUUCACCGUACACACCAGGAAACCUCACAAACUAUAAUUAUGUUCAUUAUUGGUACGCCUGUAUACCAACUCUGAGAAAUUUUAACCUCUUGAACAUAUCUCAGAUGACAACAUCUAAAGAGUUUUUGUUGUAUUUUAAUGGAAUCAGUCGACGAGACCGGGGAUUAAAGUGCACGUGUGAUAUAACCAGUAAUGAUCUAAUCCGUAUUGCCAGUUUAUACAUCAACCUUAGCCCAGAAUCCUGUUCAAAAAUCAAAAUAUCUUCACUGAAUCAGACUUUAUUCAACUGUUCAAAUGAUGGUGUGGUUGUUUUCUUUCAAUAUCUGGAUGUAACAGGUCAACAAAUUAAGCUAGAGAUUGACGUCUCGUCUGUUAAUGUGGAAGAUGUUCUAUGGAUGUACUUUCAUUCUAAUCUAGGGGAUAUUGAUGUAUCGUGUACAAAUUGUGAAGGCAGAAUUCAACAAAACGAUUCAGCUUUAACAUAUCGCCUUGUUGGUGGACGAAGCCAACUUGAAGGAAGGGUAGAGGUUUUAUACAAUAAUACCUGGGGUACGAUUUGUGAUGACUACUGGGGACCGGAAGAAGAAAUGGUUGUGUGUCGACAUCUUGGAUAUAACCCGACAGGUAUUAAAGAGUUUUACGGUCCAGGUGCUGGGCCUAUCUGGUUGGAUGAUGUUCUCUGUACCGGCUUGGAGGCUUCUUUAGCGGAUUGUAAACAUUCUGGGUGGCAGAGACAUAACUGUGAUCACCGAGAGGACAUUUCAGUCGUAUGUAAAGACGUGGAGUAUCGUCUUGUAGAAGGUUCUGGGUCACAUGAAGGGAGGGUUGAGGUGUUUUUCAACAACCAGUGGGGGACAGUUUGUGAUCACGGUUGGGGAGAAUCCCAAGCCAGGGUGGUCUGUAAACAACUAGGUUUUGAAACUACCCAGGCUAAAGCCUUUCCGCUAGCCCAUUUCGGCGAAGGAUUUGGACCGAUAUGGUUGGAUGAAGUGAUGUGUACUGGUAGCGAGUCGUCCCUGGCGACAUGUAGACACCGUGGAUGGGGAGUUAAUAACUGCAGCCACAGCGAGGAUGCAUCAGUUGUAUGUAAACGUGUUAGCUACAGGUUGGUGGCUGGUGGUGUACCAUAUGCUGGUCGAGUUGAAGUCUUCCAUAAUAAUCAGUGGGGCACGAUUUGCGAUGAUGGCUGGGGAGAAGAAGAAUCUGCGGUCGUCUGUAGCCAACUUGGAUUUAAUCCUGGUGUAAGUAAGGCGUAUUUUGGGCCGGGCAGUGGACCCAUCUGGUUAGAUGAUGUAGCUUGUUCUGGAACCGAAACAUCGAUAACCGAUUGUAAACACACUGAUUGGAGUGUUCAUAACUGCGAUCACAGAGAAGACGUUUCAGUUGCAUGUAAACCUGUCACCUACCGUCUGGUCAACGGUACAGGAAGACACGAAGGACGAGUUGAAGUGUUUUUUAACAAUGCUUGGGGAACAAUUUGUGGUUAUGGUUGGGGAGAUGAAGAUGCAGCAGUAGUUUGUAAAGAACGUGGAUUCAGCUCAGCUGGAGCUGAAGCUAGAACUGGGGCGUAUUUUGGAGAAGGCGUUGGAUCUAUCUGGUUAACAGAAGUAGCUUGUGCUGGUAUAGAACCAACUGUUGGAGAAUGUAGUCACCCUGACUGGGCUGUUCACAACUGUACGCAUGAUAAUGAUGCUUCAGUUAUCUGUAAAUAUGGUCCUGGUGAACUCCUUAUUAGUUCAGAAACAGAAAUAAUGCAAGUGGAAGGUCAACUACUGAUUAAUAUGAAGGAAGACGAUAAUAUAUCAUUAACAUGUGCAACUGAAUGUGUUCCGGAAUGUCUAAUAGACUGGUAUAAGACCACUGUUGAUAAUAUUUACAGCGACCCAUUACCGUCUAUCAAUGGUAAACUAACUCUAACUGAUAUCAAUAAAAACCAGAGUGGAAGCUAUUAUUGCGUCGCUGUUAACCCGGAUGUACUUGGGAUAACUCAAACCAAGGCAAUCAUCAUAAAUGUUAUCUAUGGACCGAACGACAUCCAGUUAACUUUAUUGAGUGAUAUUUUAGCCAUGGAAGGGGAGAUAAAGCGGUUGAAUAUAGUGGCAGGCCAGAACAUAUCUGUAACAUGUUAUACUGAUUGUUAUCCCACAUGCCUCAUUAAUUGGUAUAAGAGUACCACGGUUCGAGAUCCUCUACCAACUCUUAAAGGGCAGUUGAGUCUUACUAAAGCCAACCGAAAUCAGAGUGGUUUUUAUUACUGUUCAGCUAUCAACCCUGUAAUACGAAAUCAAGUUAAAACUAAAUCUGUAGAUGUGGAAGUUAUUAAUAGGUCGUUCAACUGAUGUCGGUCAUGGGUGUAUGUGGUAAAACUGUAUUUAGUAAUCGGGGUUAUAAUGCCGACAUAGUUUGAAGAUACCGAGAACUGAUUUGUUCG